GGAGGGGCUUGCAAGAACCUAGAUCUCGGGGCGGUCCGGGGCACCUGGAAGAUAACGCUCCUCCCCCAUCUUGCUCCCCCACCGCCAUCCUCUGGUCAAGGUGGUUAACGGGGACCCUGGGAGGAAAGGAGACUUGCCCAAUGUCACACAGCUGGGAGUCAGCUGAGGCGGGAUGUCCAAGCCAGGUCCACGCCGUUCAGGUUCAAGGUUCUGGCCACGGCUCCUUGCCACCUCUCCACAGGACCAGAGAGGGGGAGGAGUAAGAGGGAGUAGAGGAAAAGGGGGAGGGGAUCAGAGAGUGAAAGGAGGGACACGGCCCAGAGGUCAAAGUCCCCUACCCUCCCCCCACCUCCACUUUCCUGAAUCGCCAGUCUAAACUCAUUUUCUCUGGGUUGGAAGUUUCUGUUUCCUGCUUCUGUCUGCUCCAGGCAGAAGGCUCUAGGCUCCGACCAUGGUGCAGCAGCAGGUGCUCUAUCGGGCUCUGGUGUCCACCAAGUGGCUGGCAGAGUCGGUCCGCGCCCAGAAGGUGGGUCCGGGCCUGCGGGUGCUCGACGUGUCCUGGUACCCACCUUUGCAGCGCAAUGCCCUCCAGGAGUACCGGGAGCGCCACAUCCCGGGCGCCUCCUUCUUCAACAUCGAGGAGUGCCGGGACCAGGGCUCUCCCUACGAGAUGAUGCUCCCCACCGAGGAGGCCUUCGCCAGCUACGUGGGCCGCCUGGGGAUCAGCAACAACACGCACGUGGUGGUGUACGACGGCGAUGACCUGGGCAGUUUCUACGGGCCGCGCGCUUGGUGGAUGUUCCGGGUUUUUGGCCACCGCACCGUCUCGGUGCUCAAUGGGGGCUUCCGAAACUGGCUGCAGCAGGGGCACCCGGUGACCUCGGAGCCCACGAAGCCCGAGCCGGCGGUCUUCAAAGCCAAGCUCGACAAGUCCCUGCUCAAGACCUACGAGCAAAUGUUGGAAAACCUCGAGUCCAAGCGCUUCCAGAUGGUGGAUUCCCGCUCUCGGGGGAGGUACCUGGGAACCGAGGCCGAGCCUGAUAGCAAAGACCUGGAACCCGGCCACAUCCCUGGUUCCCUGAACAUGCCUUUCACCGAGUUCCUGACAGCAGAAGGCUUCGAGAAAAGUCCUGAAGAAAUCCAGGCUAUGUUCAAGGAGAAGAAAGUGGACCUCUCGAAGCCUCUCAUUGCCACCUGCCGUAAGGGGGUCACCGCUUGCCACAUCGCCCUCGCCGCCUACCUCUGUGGCAAACCUGAUGUAGCCGUGUAUGACGGCUCCUGGUCUGAAUGGUUCCGGCGGGCACCCCCCAAGUUUCGGGUGUCCCAAUGGAAGGGGGGGAAAUCUUGAAUAGGGAUGGGGAAAGGAUGAUAUUCGAGCCUCUCCGUGCCCUCUCCCCUCUUGGGCCAUCAAGAGCUAGGAGCCCAUCUUUGCCUUAUCCACAGUGAAAUAAUGUCUAGCUUAUACUUUUUCUUAUCAAUUUUUGUAAAAGAGAUAGAAGAGUUUCUGAAGUAGCUAUGUAAAACCUUCCUUCCUCUCUUGUCAGCUCUGGAAUAAAAUCACCCCUUUCUGAGA